AUGUCUUUAGUCGCAUAUUCGGAUUCCGAAGGCUCUGAAGAUGAGAGUGCGCACCCCAAAGCCCCUCCACCCAAGUCUGCCACUCCGUCCUCAAACAAUUUCGCCGUCCACAAAACAAAUCCUAGAAAGAUCCAAGUAAAGCUAUACGACAUUCCAUCCAACGAUGAUACAAAUCGCGAACCGGCUGCUAAAAGACCGCGAAUCGGGGCGAGCGCCUUUAGUGGCUUCAACGCCAUGCUUCCUGCUCCCAAACGAGACGCAGACGCAAAGAAUGCACCCAAGCCUGCCGCCAGAAAGGUGUUCAGUUUGAAGACUGGAGCAGAACCAGGUUUCAGCCGUGAGGCUGAUGCUGAGAUGAGGCAGCUAUUUGCCGAACAAGAGACGGGGGUAAAUGGGCAUUCUGGAAGUGGUACGCAGGAUCAGGACGAGACGUUACCUUCAAUUCCAAAGAGGAAUGUGGACGGUGAAACAAGCACUCCCACGGCCACACCUCCCAAGGGCAAUCCAUUCAUGUUCAAGCCACUGUCUGUGGCACGGAAUAACAAGAAGUCAAAACGUAAAGCGGACGGCCCUAUUGUUCCAAAGAUUGCUGAUGGUGUUGGGACGGCUUCGUUGGCUUCUACUAGACGUCACGCUGCGGAGGAUUCUUAUCCAGCAUCCGCUUCUGCUUCUGCUCCGGCUCCGAAGAAAGUCAGCCUCUUUGGUAUGGGAGUUGAGAACACUCCCGAAGAGUUGCCGCAAGUACCGGAUGAGGAAGACGAAAUAGUCGAAGUUCUAGACGAUCCGGUCGGUGAAGACCUAUCCUCGACUUCAGCGAGUCAACCUGCUACAGCGCCCUCCUACGGUCAAGGUCAGAGUCUUGAUGCGAUUGCUUCAGAUUUAGGUCUUUCCAAAGCCGACCGGAGACAGCUAUUCGGCCGGCGAGGAAACACUGGAGGGACAGCUAUCAACGUAAUCAACUUCAACAUCGACCAAGAAUAUGCUGCCAAUGAAGACCUUCGAGCUGCUGGCGAGCAGGUCCAACAUAAUCCUGUCCGGGCCAUUGCUCCAGGCAAGCAUAACCUGAAACAGUUACUCAACGCCGCUACGACUCAGAAAGAUGCCCUGGAGGAGAGUUUUGCCACAGGACGAAGAAACAAAAAGGAAGCCGGUAACAAGUAUGGGUGGUGA